AUGUAUCGAGCGUUUCGAAAUGGCUCUGCUGCAUACAGAAGAAUUAUGCCAUCAGUCAGAAAUGCUGCCCAGAAACCGUCGAAUUACCAGAAGAGCGGUAUGGGAGUGAAUGAGUUAGCCGGAAUCGCUGGAGUUUCUGCUUUUCUUUACUACGCCACGAACCAGCAGUCUUCAACUCCAAAAGCCCCCGUGGCGCCCAAGAAAACAGUAGUUGUCCCGCCAAAAGGAAUCGAAAAAGAUGCUCUCCAGAAUGAAGAUCCUCUUGCCAGUCUGAAAGAAAUUCCUAACUUGGGUUCUCCCAAUGAUCCUAAGCCAGCUAAAGAGGAAGCCGUUGCUCCAGUUGUUCAGGAGACUGUCAAAGAAGAAGUUGUCGAAGAACCAGUUGUUGUAGAAGAACCAGUUGUUCUAGAGGAACCAGUUGUUCUAGAGGAACCAGUUGUUGUAGAGGAACCAGUUCUCGAGGAAGAGCCUGUUGUUGAAGCUACACCAGAAAUUGUUGAAGCUGAGCCAGAAGUUGUGGUUGUGGAAGACGCGACUGUUGAAGAAAUCGUUGAAGAACCAGUCGUGGAAGAACAAGUUGCAGAACCUGUUGUGGAAGAAGUUAUCGUGCCUGUCGUUGCAGAAUCUCCAAGUGUUGAAGAACCUGCCGAGCUAGUCGCUGAAGAGUCCGCUCCUACUGAACCUGAACCUGUUGCCCAAGUCGAAGAAACCGUUGUUGAAGUCACUGUUGAAGAAACCACUGUAGAACCUGUUGCCGAACCUGAAGCAGUUCCAGAACCAGCCCCCGUUGAAGUUGAAGUUGCAGUUCAAACUGAAGAACCCACUGCUGAGCCAGAGCCAGUCUCUGAGCCUGAAGUUGUUGUUGAGGCUCCUGUUGAUGCUCCACAACCCGUUGUUGAACAGGAGUCAGUAGCUGAGCCAGUUGCUGAGCCAGUCGCUGAGCCAGUCGCUGAGCCAGUCGCUGAGCCAGUCGCUGAGCCAGUCGCAGAGCCCGAGGCUGUUCCUAAGCCUACCCCUGUUGAAUCUGAACCAGUUGCUGAACCUGAGCCUGUUCCCGAACCCGAGCAUGUCGCCGAACCCGAGCCAGUCGCCGAGGCCGAACCAGUUCCAGAACCCGUUGUCGAAGAACCCACCCCAUCUGAAUCAGAGUCAAAUGUCGAUCCAAUUGUUCCUGAAGCAGGAAGUGCUGUGGAAGUUGACCCAGCUAUAGAUGAAGUUAUCCCAGUAGUUGAUGAGCAGUCUAAGCCCAAGGUUUAUCCAGAGGUCCCUCCUGAAGUUGAGUACCUUAUCGUUGGUGGUGGAACUGCUGCGUACUCUGCUGUCCGAGCUAUCCGAAAAUAUGAUCCUACUGCCAAGAUUCUCAUCGUCUCUGAUGAAGCGGAAAUGCCUUACAAUCGAACUCCACUCUCGAAAGAGCUCUGGUUUGAAUCUGAAGAAAAUGCGGCUGUUGGCAAAUACAAAGGAUGGGAUGACAAGGAGCGAGUGAUCUUCCACGAAAAACUGGAGAACUACUGCACUGGAAGAGAGCUUCAAGAAAGAGAGGGUUACGGUGGUACCGCUCUUUUACUCGGCGCCAAGGUUGACCGUUUGGACGCAGACAACAAGAAGGCCAUUCUUUACAAUGGAACAGAAAUCGGAUAUGGAAAAGUUCUUCUUUCUAUCGGUGGCAAACCAAGAAAUCUUCCAGAAUUCGAGAGUGUCAAAGACAAAGUUACGCUUUUCCGCGAUCUCAAGGACUUCAGACAGCUUUCCGAGAUUUCACAGAACGGAGGGAACGUAGUGGUCGUUGGAUCUGGGUUUUUGGGCACAGAGCUGUCCUAUGCCCUCGCUGAUAGAGCCAAGAAAGUCGAGAACUUGAAGGUGUCGCAGAUCUGCCGAGAGCAGGGAGUUUUGGGGGCCGUUUUGCCAGAACAUCUGUCGAACUACUCAUCCGAAGUUCUCGAAAAAGAAGGUGUCAACAUCGUCCGCGAUGCCGAGAUUUCUAGCGUUUCCCAGGAAUCUGGCAACAUUUCGAUCAAUCUGAAAGAUGGUCGUUCCGUUCCUGCUGAUCAUGUUGUGGUCGCAGUCGGGGUUGAUAUUGAUCACGGCCUGGCAGAACGAUCUGGACUCGAGGUGGAUUCAAGACGAGGAGGAUUCAUUGUCAACUCAGAGUUGGAAUCAAGAAAAGAUAUCUUUGUCGCAGGAGACGCAGCGAAUUUUUACGAUCAACGUCUUGGACGCCGUCGCGUCGAGCAUUAUGAUCACGCGAUCGUUACUGGACGCCUUGCGGGUGAAAACAUGGUUGGGAAGAGAAAAGCAUACACUCAUCAGUCCAUGUUCUGGUCCGAUAUUGGCCCCGACAAUGGAUUUGAAGCAAUUGGCUUGGUAGACUCUAAGUUGAAAUCAGUCUCCGUCUUUGCCCAGCCAGAAGCACAGAAUACAGAAGGCGAUAAUUUCGAAUCACGUAAAUUUGACAAAGGAGUAGUAUUCUAUCUGAGAAACGAAAAGGUCGUGGGCGUCAUUACCUGGAACAUCUUCGGCAAGAUGGGCGUCGCAAGAAGACUUCUAGCGCACCAGAGCGCGGAGGAAUUAAAUUACGCUGAAAUGGCGCGCUUAUUCAACGUCCACAAGUGA